CCCGCCCCCGCCGAGCCCCAGGCCGCCGGGCCGAGCCCCGAGCGCCCGAUGGGCCGCUAGGCCCGGCGAGUCGAGCGGCCGAUGGGCUCCGACGCCAUUUUCCCGGAAGCCCGCGAGCGGCCCGCAGCAAGGAGCCCGGCCCCGGCAGAGUCCCGCCGCCGCCGCCGCCAGGAUGUUCCACGGGAUCCCCGCCGCUCCGGGCCUGGGAGCCCCAGGGAAUAAGCCGGAACUGUACGAGGAGGUGAAGCUGUAUAAGAAUGCACGGGAGCGAGAAAAGUACGAUAACAUGGCUGAGCUGUUUGCAGUGGUGAAGACGAUGCAGGCUCUGGAGAAAGCUUACAUCAAGGACUGCGUCUCUCCCAACGAGUACACUGCAGCCUGCUCCCGGCUCCUGGUCCAGUACAAAGCUGCCUUCAAACAGGUGCAGGGUUCCGAGAUUGGCUCCAUCGAUGAAUUCUGCCGCAAGUUCCGGCUUGAUUGCCCGCUGGCCAUGGAGAGGAUCAAGGAGGAUCGGCCAAUCACCAUCAAGGAUGACAAAGGCAACCUGAACCGCUGCAUUGCUGACAUCGUCUCUCUUUUCAUCACGGUGAUGGAUAAACUGCGCCUGGAGAUCCGAGCUAUGGAUGAGAUCCAGCCGGACCUGCGAGAGCUGAUGGAGACAAUGAACCGCAUGAGCCACCUGCCCCCUGAUUUCGAGGGGCGACAGAAAGUGAACCAGUGUGGGAGGAGUCUCAGGGCUGGACCCUCCCCCGACUCUUCCCUGGCAGGCUGCAGACGCUGAGUGGCAUGUCUGCCUCGGAUGAGCUGGAUGACUCCCAAGUGCGCCAGAUGCUGUUUGAUUUGGAAUCAGCCUACAACGCCUUCAACCGCUUCCUGCACUCCUGAGCCUGGACCAGCGCCCCCCUGGACUGGUGUCUCCAGCUGCCCACCUCCUGGGAGCCCCUCCCCAUGUAUAGCGCUCAGGCGGGGACCGCUGGGCUCUGUUCCACUGCCCUGCUGUAGGGCACACUCAUGGGUGGUGUGGAGUUUGCCAUGCUGUCCUCCCUUCCCUGCACCGUUGGGAGGGGUGUUGGCUGUAGCUGUCCUAGCAUUAGCCCUUGGGGUGGAGUCUGUGUGAACAGCCUUCCUCCAGCCGGAGCCCACCUGGCCCUUGCUGCAGCUGGGCUGUGGGGCGGCCCUGCGAGCAGGGGAGGAGACUUGUACAAACCUGCACUAAUAAAGGCCCUCACACUGCA